AAGUGACUUAUGUAAGGAUGUCGGCACCAGGCGGGAAGAAGGGCGGGAAAGUACCGCCGAAAAAGACACCUGAAGAUGAUAAAUCUGCAGCGAAUAAAACUGAAGAUAAAGAUGAGACGUCUUCUAAUAAUGGAGAUAAGAAGGAGAAAGAUGACAAGCCAAUCGCUGAUGUUCCUAAGCCACCGAGUGCUGGUGUCAAUAUGCGGGAAGCUGCUGCCAAGAUCCUGGUGCUGGCGCAGAAGGGUGAAUGGCCAGCUGUGGAGCAGACUCUCAAGGCUCUUGAGAAGCUGGUGGCUGCUGGGGGUGAAGACAUCGUGUCUGUUCCCAUGGCAGGGAUUGUUGAUCCGAGCACAGGCAUGACACCAUUAAUGUACGCCGUAAAGGACAACCGAACUUCCUUCGUGGAAAGACUCAUUGAACUAGGGUCUGAUGUCGGUGCGAGGAACAAUGACAACUACAAUGUUUUACACAUAUCGGCAAUGUACUCAAGAGAAGACAUCGUUAAGUUACUUUUGUCCAAGAGAGGUGUGGAUCCAUUUGCAACAGGAGGAAGUCGUCAACAGACACCAGUACACCUGGUGUCAAGCAGACAAACCGGUACUGCUACGAGCAUUCUACGAGCUCUGCUGACUGCGGCUGGGAAAGACAUACGCUUGAGGCCGGACGGCAGGGGGAAGAUUCCGCUGUUGCUUGCUGUGGAAUCUGGUAACCAGAGCAUGGUUAGAGAACUCCUGAGUGCGCAGACGGCUGAACAGUUAAAGGCAUCAACUCCCGCUGGUGAUACUGCUCUUCAUUUGGCUGCAAGACGUCGAGAUGUUGAUAUGGCCCGCAUCCUCGUAGACUAUGGCGCUGUCGUUGAUGCUGUCAGUGGCUCCGGACAAACUGCUUUACAUAUCGCGGCAGCUGAGGGGGACGAGCCAUUGGUUAAAUACUUUUACGGGGUUAGAGCAAAUGCUGCUAUUGCUGAUAACGAAGAUCGCACACCAAUGCAUCUAGCUGCGGAAAACGGGCAUGCAGCAAUCAUAGAGCUCUUGGCAGACAAGUUCAAAGCUUCUAUCUUUGAAAGGACAAAGGAUGGUAGUACACUAAUGCAUAUAGCGUCUCUCAACGGACAUGCUGAUUGCGCAAUGAUGCUCUUCAAAAAAGGAGUAUAUCUUCAUAUGCCGAAUAAAGAUGGUGCUAGAAGUAUUCACACAGCAGCACGGUAUGGCCACGUUGGAAUUAUCAACACUCUUCUUCAGAAAGGUGAAAGCGUUGACGUAACAACAAACGAUAACUACACUGCUCUUCAUAUAGCUGUGGAGUCAUGCAAACCAGCUGUUGUCGAAACUCUAUUGGGCUAUGGAGCUGAUGUUCACAUCAGAGGCGGCAAACAAAGAGAGACACCUUUACAUAUUGCGGCUAGAAUACCAGACGGAGACAAAUGUGCUUUAAUGUUACUGAAGUCAGGAGCCGGACCUAAUAAAGCAACAGAAGAAGGAAUGACGCCAGUGCAUGUUGCCGCUAGGUACGGGAAUUUGGCUACGCUUGUAUUACUAUUAGAAGAUGGAGGUGAUCCCAUGCGAAAAACUAAGUCUGGUGAAACACCGCUCCACAUGGCAUGUAGAAGCUGUAAACCUGAUAUAGUACGGCAUUUAAUCGACUUCGUUAAAGAUAGAAAAGGAGAAAAAAUUGCUACAUCGUAUAUUGAUUCGGUUGAUGAAGACGGAGCUAGUGCUUUACAUUUUGCCGGACAAGUAACUAAAGAGGAAGUUAAAGUGCCAUCAGCUGACAGAGAAGUUGUAAAAUGUUUGAUGCAGAAUGGUGCUGACGUAACAUUACAAACAAAACACAAUCAAGAUACUGCGUUUCAUUUUUGCGCAAUUGCUGGCAACAAUGAUGUUUUGACUGAGAUGAUAACUGAUAUGUCUACAGCUGAUGUUGGUAGAGCACUAAAUAAACAAAAUUCAAUUGGUUGGACUCCUUUAUUAAUAGCUUGCAACAGAGGUCACAUGGAACUUGUUAAUACCCUAUUAUCAAACCACGCCAGGGUAGAUGUAUUCGAUGUUGAAGGAAGAUCUGCUUUACAUUUGGCUGCAGAACAUGGCUAUUUACAAGUUUGCGAUGCAUUAUUAACAAAUAAAGCAUUUAUAAAUUCAAAAGCCAGAAAUGGACGUACAGCCCUUCAUUUAGCUGCAAUGAAUGGUUUUGCCCAUCUUGUAAAAUUUUUAAUUAGGGAUCACAAUGCAGUUAUAGACGUAUUGACUUUAAAAAAACAAACACCAUUACAUUUAGCAGCAGCUAGUGGUCAAAUAGAAGUUUGCAAACUAUUACUAGAACUAGGUGCCAAUAUUGAUGCAACAGAUGAAUUAGGUCAAAAACCCAUCCACGCCGCCGCACAAAAUAAUUAUUCAGAGGUAGUUCAAUUAUUUUUACAACAACAUCCUAAUUUAGUCAUGGCAACGACCAAGGAUGGAAAUACCUGUGCUCACAUAGCGGCUAUACAAGGAUCGGUGAAAGUAAUUGAAGAAUUAAUGAAAUUCGAUCGAACUGGAGUUAUAUCGGCGCGAAAUAAAUUAAAUGAGUCUACGCCUCUGCAAUUAGCUGCAGAAGGAGGCCACGCAGAUGUAGUAAGAGUUUUGGUGAGGGCUGGGGCUUCUUGCACAGAUGAGAAUAGAGCUGGAUUAACUGCAGUACAUUUAGCAGCUGAGCAUGGUCACACAAAUGUAUUAGAUGUAAUGCGUUCAACCAACACAUUAAGAAUAUCAAGCAAAAAAUUAGGAUUAACACCUUUACAUAUUGCAGCGUACUAUGGGCAAGCAGAAACCGUUCGAGAACUUUUAUCACAUGUUCCUGGGACAGUUAAAUCAGAAGCACCUACAGGAGUUUCUCUAGUUCCUAUAUUAGGAGCAGAAUCAGGAUUAACUCCGUUGCAUUUAGCAGCGUAUAAUGGAAACGAAAAUGUCGUUAGGUUGCUACUAAAUUCUCCUGGUGUACAGGUUGAUGCAGCAACAAAUGAAAACGGUUAUAAUCCACUUCACCUUGCAUGUUUCGGUGGACAUAUGUCAAUUGUCGGCCUUUUGCUGAGCAGAUCUGCUGAGUUAUUGCAAAGUACAGAUAGACAUGGAAAAACAGGACUUCAUAUCGCGUCUACACAUGGCCACUACCAAAUGGUGGAAGUAUUGUUGGGGCAAGGAGCAGAAAUAAACGCCACUGAUAAAAAUGGUUGGACUCCACUACAUUGCGCAUCAAAGGCCGGGCAUUUAAAUGUCGUAAAGCUCUUAUGUGAAUCAGGUGCAUCACCAAAAAGUGAAACAAAUUUGAAUUGCGCUCCUAUCUGGUUUGCUGCAUCAGAAAAUCACAAUGACGUAUUAGAAUAUUUAUUACAUAAAGAACACGAUACUCAAUCGCUUAUGGACGAUAAAAAAUUUAUUUACAAUCUUAUGGUGUGUUCUAAGAAUCACAAUAAUAUUCCAAUCGAAGAAUUUGUGUUAGUGUCUCCAGCACCUGUUGAUACAGCAGCUAAGCUAUCAAACCUUUAUAUUAAUUUAUCUACUAAGGAAAAGGAGCGUGCCAAAGAUCUGAUAGCUGCUGGAAAGCAGUGUGAAGCGAUGGCAACUGAAUUAUUAGCUUUAGCUGCUGGCGCUGAUUCCGCUGGACAUAUUCUAACAGCUACAGAUAAUAGAAAUAUUGAAUUUUUGGAUGUACUCAUUGAAAAUGAGCAAAAAGAGGUCAUAGCUCACACGGUUGUCCAAAGAUAUCUUCAGGAACUCUGGAGAGGUAGCCUCAAGUGGACGGGCAUCAAAAUAAUGUUUUUGUUUUUCAUUUUUAUUAUUUGCCCACCAGUUUGGCUAGUUUUCUCUCUUCCAUUAGGUCAUAAAUAUAAUAAGAUACCCAUAAUUAAGUUUAUGUCUUACUUAACGUCUCAUAUUUACCUUAUGAUAUUAUUAGCCUUGGUAGCUAUAACACCAAUAUAUAAUUCUAUAUUUAGAGAAAGUCUGGUACCAAGAUGGUACGAAUGGAUAUUACUUAUUUGGCUAAGUGGUCUGCUUUUAUUUGAACUAACAAACCCUAGUGAUAAAUCUGGUCUUGGUUGGAUUAAGAUUGCAGUUUUAUUGUUAGGAAUGAUUGGUGUUGCUGCCCAUGUGGUGGGAUGGAUUUUUGUAUUGCCAAAAUACUGGCCGACAUUAAUGUAUUGUAGAAACCAAUUAUUUGCCCUUUCUUUCUUACUAGCAUGCGUACAAAUUUUAGACUUUUUAUCAUUCCAUCAUCUAUUUGGUCCAUGGGCAAUUAUCAUAGGUGAUCUUAUGAAAGAUCUAGGAAGAUUUCUGGCUGUAUUGGCUAUCUUUGUAUUUGGUUUUUCGAUGCAUAUUGUGGCAUUGAAUCAGCCUUUCAGGAAUAUUAACAAGCCAGAGGACAAUAAAUAUGCGAGGACCGCAAGGAGAAAAUUAUUUUCCGACGUUACGAUGAAUCCAAUAUUCUCGUUUGAGCUACUCUUCUUUGCGGUGUUCGGACAGACGACAACAGAACAGACGAGAGUGCAUCGGAACGAUAGCAAUACACAGCCUAUGUGGACGAAUUAUUUAUUCAAAAUAGUGUUCGGAAUUUAUAUGUUGGUAUCAGUUGUUGUACUGAUCAAUUUGCUGAUCGCUAUGAUGUCUGAUACUUAUCAGAGAAUCCAGGCCCAGUCUGAUAUAGAAUGGAAGUACGGAUUGUCAAAGUUGAUUCGUAACAUGCAUCGUACAAACACUGCACCGUCGCCGCUGAACCUAGUGACUACUUGGCUAAUGUGGCUCAUACAUAGAUGCAAAGAACGACUAACAAAGAAGAAACGGCCUAGUCUCAUCCAUAUGGUGGGAAUGCAACGCCAAGAUCAAAUGAGUGCAAGAUCUAAAGCUGGUGCAAAGUGGCUCUCAAAAGUUAAAAGAGGACAAGUUGUACCUAAAGAUUCAACACGGCUUUCUGUUGUGCACUUAAGUCCUCUUGGAUCUCAACUUAGUUUUAACAAUAUGACUAGAAUAGAAAACGUAGUAGACUGGGAAAUAAUAGCAAAGAAAUACAGAUCUUUAAUGAGAGACGAGCCAGAAGAACCAGCGACGAAAGAGAAUGAUACUGACACUGCUGACAGCGAAUCAGAAACCGUUCCGAAUAAUAUUGCAAAUGCUCCGUCCUGAAUACCAAAUAAUAGAAAAAAAUUGUGAAGCCGCCAAAAGAAAUAGUAAAAAAUGAAAAUAAUUUUUUAUAAGGACAUGUGUAAAUAUAAAUAUUUAGUAAAUUUGUCUUGUACAGUUAAUAUAAGCGCCUAUAUAAUUUUAUUGUUACUAUUUUU